UUUCAACACAUUUGAAAGCAUCCCCAAUUCCGGAAUUCUUUGGAUCUUUGAAGAAUUUACAAUAUCUAAACAUAUCAAAUGCGGGGUUUAGUGGUGUAAUCCCUCCAAAUUUGGAAAACCUCUCAAGGUUGCAGUAUCUUGAUCUUUCUUCUCAAUAUGGGAAUGGUCUAUCUACUGAUAAUUUUGAGUGGAUGAUGGGUCUUAUUUCCUUGAAGCAUCUCAAGAUGAACCAAGUCGACCUUUCAUUUGUUACAUCAAAUUGGGUGGAUGUAUUAAACAAGCUUCCAUUUUUAACUGAGUUGCAUCUAUCUGAUUGUCGCCUCUCGGGUUCAGUUUCUCUAGCCUCAGUAGUCAAUUUUACUAUGCUUUCUGUUAUAUCCAUGAGCUGGAACUACCUUGAUUCAACAAUUUUGGAAUUGCUUGUAAAUAUCAGCAGCCUUACAUUCAUUGAUCUAAGCUACAACAGCUUAAACAGUAUUCCUCUUGGUCUCAAUCAGCUACCUAAUCUGCAAUACUUGAACCUGUAUGGCAAUGGAAAUCUUACUGGCAAUUGCUCUCAACAAUUGAGGGAAGGUUGGAAAAAGAUAGAGGUCCUCAUUUUGGCUUCAAAUAACUUUCAUGGUAGCAUUCCUGACUCCAUUGGAAGCUUCUGCAACCUAAAAUAUUUGGACUUAGGCCAUAAUAACUUGACAGGAAGUUUACCUCAAUUUCUGGAAGGAAUGGAAAACUGCAGCUCUAAAAGUUAUUUGCCUUACUUGACUAAUUUGAUCCUGCCCAACAAUCAAUUAGUUGGCAAAUUAGCAGAAUGGUUGGGACUGCUUGAAAAUCUCGUGGAACUAGACCUGUCACAUAACAAGUUUGAAGGCCUUAUCCCUGCUUCUUUAGGGGCAUUGUCAAUCUUGAGAGCCUCAAACUAA